AAAACCCAGAAAGGACUAGCUUUCCUUCAACAAAGAAAAAGGGGUGAAAGAACCAACUGGUCUACGCCUCAGCGUCUCAGCGAUUGCUAUUAACUGCAGAAACAAUAAGAACGAAAUGGCUUAAAGUCUCUUUGUUUUUCGCUACUAACAGAUAAUGGCUCACGACAGGCACGGUUCGUCUGCCGCCAUAACCCCCGAAGAAAACAGUUUGUUUGUUGACAUACUGCAUGAAGCUCCUUUAUAUGGUCAUAGGAAGCCUACGAGAAUCCUUGGGAGUAUUUUAUACUGCAUCCUAUUGGCAGGUUAUGCUAUCGUUGCUGUAGCAGCUCCAUGGAUAUUUCUCCCCAUAGAGAGAUUGAUCCCGUCAUUGCUUUGCAGUUGCAAUGCUCUUCUUUUGAUAAUCACAGGCAUCUUUCAACAAUAUCUUGUUUACCAAGUCCAGAAAGUGCGUUUGCAGGGUUACUAUAUUUUCAGCCAGAGGUUGAAGCGCGUUACUCGUCUUCCUUUUGCCACUGUUUCUUAUGGAACUGCUGCAAUGCUACUUGUGAUGGUCUGGCAACCCCACUUCAAUAUUCUCUCUCUUUCUGCAUUGCUGAGGAUAAUCAUGUUUGUUGAAGUCGUAUGUGCUGGAUCUUUUAUAAGUGUCUAUAUCGGGAAUAUACAUCAAUACAACUCAUUGAACUCUCAGCCUGAUGUUUUGAAGUCGUUAUAUUCUGCACUUCAACCAUCAAGCUCUUUGGAAGAGCUAAGGUAUCAUGAUGGUGGCCGACUAUCUGAUCAGCAAAUGGCUUUGUUGCAGUAUCAGCGGGAAAAUCUCCAUUACUUGAGUGAGGAGAUUCUUCGAUUGCAAGAAUGCUUGAUCAAAUAUGAGCGCUCUGAUGAUGGAAGCACACCCCAGGUUGAUCUUGUCCAUCUUUUAGCAGCUCGUGAUCAAGAAUUACGUGCCUUAUCUGCUGAGAUGAAUCAAGUGCAGUCAGAGCUACGUCUUGCUCGUAAUUUGAUUGCUGAACGGGAUUCUGAGAUCCAGCGGAUUCGCACGACCAAUAAUCAGUAUGUUGAAGAGAAUGAAAGACUCAGAGCUAUAUUAGGGGAAUGGAGUGCUCGUGCUGCAAAGCUUGAACGGGCUUUGGAGACAGAAAGGAUGUCAAAUUUGGAAUUGCAAAAGAAGCUAUCGAAACUGAGAAACCAACCAGCGGAAUUAACUAAAGACCAUGGAACUUGAAUUGCUGACAUUUGACCUUCGAAGCUGACUUCAUCCAUUGCUUCUCUGUACAAUUCUCUUAUGUUCCUUCUUUUCUUUUUGUUCAUAUUUUUACAGAGCAGUAGAAUAUCUGAUGUACAGUUAGCUUUAGGUUGUAACUGCAUUUUCUUUGAAAAAAAUCAGUGAAAAGCACCUACUAUAGGCCUGAUGGAAAAUCCAUUUGUUGGACCGGAUCUCUGAUCCAUUUGCCACUUUAAUGGCUUAACUUUUGGGUGGACUAUGAUUAAAAGGGUAUGGAUGGGGACCGGCAUGGUCUAUUUGGGAAACGAUUCUCUUACACACACUAAAUGACGUUGCUGAGCUCCUUUGUAUGAAACAUUUUUUCACAUCUGAUUGGUGCAUUCUCCUAUAUUGCCUGCUUAAA